AUGGAGUGGCCCUCAUGGUAUGACGAAGAAAAUGAUAUCGGUGAGGCCACUGGAGUUCCCGAAUGGUAUCGUCACGUCUACCGCCAGAAUCGCGGGAUGAUCGGGUGGUAUAAGCCACACUAUAGCCAGGUUAAAGAGGCCUUUGAACAUCCACUCAGCCCAGCAGAAGCAUUCAAUCAUUUCAAGAGAUUGUGGCAAGAACAACAAGAGACUAUUGCCACAAACAGAGACGCCGAUGCGUUGAAGUAUGGGCUGCUACGUUUCCUCAAUCUGAGAAGAAUGGUAGUUAGUCCUGCAGCUCAUGGAAAACCUGGACUGCCGUGGUAUCUCACGCCUACUAUCAGAUCACUCCCACGGGGUCUCCUUUACCCUAUUGAGCGUGGAUGGCCUCUUGUAAAGACGCAUUCCAACUUUCCCGAAGCGAGGGAUUGGGGUCGCUCGGAGAAGGAUAAAUGGCGCGGCUAUUGUCUCGUCAGUCGCAUCGUCGCCCAACACCUACGGGAGAAGCCAGAGAGUAAACUUGCCGCCUUGGCAAUUGACACCAACCAGCUUCGGACAGGAAUCAGUUGUCGUAUAUUCGAUGACGCCGAGAACAGCGAGAUCGAAGACCUGAAGACCAUCCUAAGUCAUCCUGGGUUCACGGGCCUUGACCUCUCCCUACACUGCGGUAACCAGUGUAACAUGAACUGGUGCUCUUUUCGAAGUAACCAUUUGCGGAAUACACUUGCCAUGGCGAGAGAUAUCCAACAUUUCAGCCUACUCACUAAUGUUGUUUAUGUUGACGACUUCUAUGACUCUGACGACUCUGAUGGGGAGGAAGUAGACCACUUUGUCCCUUUGCAAAGCAUCUUCCCUGUCAACGACUGGCAUCAACUUCGACAUUUCGGCCUUUGUCAAUUCAUCGUCAAAAAAGACAACGUCAUACAAUUUCUUGGAGCUUUACCCCCAACCCUGGAGUCUGUUGAGCUGAGCUUCUUGAUCUUCAUGCCCGAUAGUGGCGACUAUCACAGCUUGGUGCACGACAUGCGCGAGAAGCUAGGCUGGCGCGAGCGGGACGCAGAAAACCAGCCCAAGAUAGUUGUUCGUGUUGACGUCCGAGUUUCGAGGGUUCAUGGCGCUGUGAUGAUGGAUGUUAGCAGGGAGGUGACCAGUUUCAUGUAUCAAGACGGUGAGAACCCAUUUGAAGAAGAUGAGGGAUGUGUUGAGGAUCCCUAUAUUCGUCAGAGUGAUACACUUGAAGGUAAUGGGAGGCUCUUGGAUGCAUUUGAGCCCGGUUUUGAGGAACCUAAUGUUAGCAGGCUUGCUAUAGAGAAAUCAGAGGAGGGUCUACGACUAAGAGAGACGGGAGAGGGAUGA